AUGCAGCCAAAGGAUGUUGAGGCAAUACUGAAACCACUGUACGCAAAGUUCGCAGAGUACGACAAAACUGGUGACAGUGAGGCCGCUGCCAAGUUUUAUCAUAGCCAAGGAGUCAUCGUGGAAAAGGGCAAGAAAGCCACUUUCGGGAGAGAAGAGAUUAUUAAAAUGUACAACGAGUUCUGGGAGAAGGUCGGUCCGCACGAAUUUUUGACAAGCAAUGAAACCUACCAGGGUACGGAUGACUAUUUGAUGGCUCAGUGCGACUUUGAGGUGCGUCCGGAAAAAGGAAGCGCCUUCAAGGGCAAAUGUAACCAUAUUUGGAAGAAGGAGGACGGAGAGUGGAAGAUUUAUCACGAAGAAUUUGAAACGAUUUAG